AUGUACGAAAGGGUUGUGGUGCACUGCCGAGCUUCAAACGGAUCGGGUCCUGAGUGGCUGCCCUUGGAACAGGAUUGGAGUGAGCGAUGGUGCUCACUUUCCGCACCUUAUACCGAAGAUUAUGCCAAGAGGAUCUAUGAUUUCAAUACCCGGGACUCUGAUGUCUUCUUGGUAUCCGUCAUGAAGUGCGGUUCGACUUGGAUGCAGGAGUUGGCUUGGCUUUUGCUUAAUAAAUUGGACUACGAAGGAGCUCUCAGCGAAUACGGAAAUGUUCGCAAUCCUUAUCUAGAGCAGUCUGGAGUUGAUACAUCCGUUCAUGCGGAUUCCAUAGAAACAUGUGAUAAAAUUCAGAGUAAUCCUCGCCUGAUCAAAUCCCAUUUACCUGCUCAAUUUCUGCCCAAAGAAAUCUGGACCCAAGGACGUAAAACCAUUUACGUGGCUCGAAAUCCCAAGGAUGUUAUAAUAUCUACAUAUCAUUUCUUUCACGGAAUCUCUGCUUGGAAAGGCAACUUGGAUGAAUUUAUUGAUGACUUUAUUGCGGAUAAGAUUGCCUUUAAUCCGUACUGGACGCAUCUUGUUGACUUUUAUAGAAUGCGUUCUGAAGAGAAUAUAUUUUUUGUAACCUACGAGGAGAUGAUUCGAGAUCUUGAGAAUGUAGUGAAGAGAUUAUCAAGGUUCUUGGGCUACAAAGACUUGAGUGAUUGUGAAAUGGAGAAACUUUUAAACCACUUAAAUUUUAAGAAUAUGAAGGAGAGCAAGUUUGGAAACCACACCAACUUCUUUAAAAGUGCUUAUGAAACCAAAGAUAAUUUUGACUUCAUGCGUCGUGGAAUAAUUGGCUCUUACAAGGAUGAGUUAAGCUCUGAGCAAGUGGACAAAAUUGAUAAAUGGACACAAAGAUGUCUGCUGGAAUAUGGAAUUACUGAAUUUGAUAUUUUUGGUGAACUAUAA